UGUAUCAGAUAGACUAAGUAGUGAAAAUAUUAUGUAUGAAUGCUUUUUAAUCGUGCGUACUGUCGUUACUUAGUUAUUGAAAAGGUUGCUGGCGUAAAAAUAUUUAUAGUAUCAAAAAACUACGAUAAGCAAUGUUAAAAAGCUCUUAAACAUACCAGCAUAAUAUCAGUCACACCAUUUGUACUUUAACGCGAUUAGACUUUUAAAUACAUUGGAUAAGAAAUAUCGUGCUACUAUAAUAAUACGUACCGUUAUAAACAUUGUGUAACUACCGAUAAUAAUGUUGUACCGGUAAUAUGUAAACAUUGUAGAAGAUUGACAGAAAAGGUUUUUGUGCAGAGUGAUUAUUUGGAAAGCAGCGAUGAAGAAACGCAAAUCAAUGAAAAUAAUUACAUAUUAAAGCAAGAGGAAUUUGAUUGUAAUAAUGGAGUUGAAGAUGAAGAUGUGAAUAAUGUAAUUAAGGAAACCUUAGCAUUGAAUGAAGGAGAUAAAAAUCAUGAAAGCACUGCAGAUAUUUUUGAUUGUCUGAUGAAUGAAAUGGAGAAAAGUAAACUGCUUGUUGACAAAGAUGACCGGAAUGUUCAAGAAAAAAUUGACACAAUGUUGAAUGAAAGAAAUCAAGGAAACCUUGAAUCAAGUGAAAUGAAAAUAACAGCACAAGCAUUAAGCAAAGGGGCUAGAUUGUCUGCUGGAGAUGUAUUACUUCAUAUAACAAACAGUGAAACAAUUGACAACGAAGAGAAUGGUGAAAUGGAUGAAUAUUUCAGUAAAAUACGGUCAACAAAUACUGAUGACGAUUUUUUGGAACAGAUCUCUCCACCGCUCAACUUGGUUGUUAUGAAAAGUAAAGCAAGCAUGGCUCGUCAAGGUUUGAUGAAAGGAAGGCGCAAACCCACUGUGGCAAAGAGAAGAAGCUGGAACACUUCGAUGGAUGAUGCGUCAAUUUUUACAAUGGAUGAACCAAAUGAUGAUUGCGUUGAUAAUGAGAAGAACAAUAUUGAUGGAGAAACCAGCUCUGCUUCAAGAACAGAAGGGAAUGAGGAUAAUGAUCUCAAAAUAUCAUCAAGUUCCAGUUCAGAAGAUGAAAAAGAAACGUGUAAACAAUGCUUAAGUUCCGGUGUGGCUUUGCCUGGUCUUGGUGAUGCUCUAAAGAUACAGAUGACUCGAUCAGAACUCAAGCGUCCAACCGCGUUGCGUUUAGCACAGAACGCUCGUGACGUAAAAGAAAACGAAGUUAUAAAGGAAGAUCGUGUAGAAACACCAAACAGCAAGCCGGAAUGGAUGAAAGAAUUGGAAGAGAUGAAGAAAAAAGGAAAGAUAUCUACACCGAAACAACUGGAGAUGUUACCCGAACCGAAUUCGGAGCUUCAGGCACUGUUUCAACAAAAGAAGCAAGUCACACUCGGUGAAAGUACAUACAGUGAAGACUUUGGUAAAGAUGAUAGGACAGAAGACCAGACUAUUGAUCCAGAGCUGCUAGAGAUGUCUGAAAAAAGAAAAAAUGCAGAUUGUUUGUAUCGCCCACCAGAGCACGAUCAACCUAGAAACUUUCACGGAGAGCACGAUCAACCUAGAAACUUUCACGGAGAGCACGAUCAACCUAGAAACUUUCACGGAGAGCACGAUCAACCUAGAAACUUCCACGGAGAGGACGAUCAACCUAGAAACUUUCACGGAGAUGGUAUGAAUUCGGAACUAAAUCAGAAAUUUGAAAAACGGAAAACAACUAAACAGUUGGAUGCAGGUGGUAAAGAAGGCUUUAAAGAAUAUCAGAGACCGUUAAGUUACCACGGAGGCAAUGCUAACACGGAAUUGAGUAAAAUAUUUGAAAAACGCAAAACGAACGCGUUAGAAUCUAGCGUUGAUGCUGGUAUACACGACAGCGAGAGACCCCGCAGUUUCCAUGAUGGGAAUAUCGAUUCUGGACUAAAUAGCAACUUUCUUAUACGAAAGAAAUUAACGCCUAUUAAAACUCGUCAUAUUGACGUCAAUGACGGCUCGAGGCCCAAGAGCCUCCAUGGUGAUGAGAUGGACUCAGAACUUAGUAAGAUUUUUGAAAAAAGAAGGAAUUUAGCUUCUUUACCUGGUGAAAUUGUGGCAACUCAUGGCGACGUUGUAAAAUCUACCGCAAGCCCUGUCGUACCCAGUCAUAUUGAUCCAGAACUUUGUAAAGCAUUUGAAAAACGAAGAAUUUUGAAGCCGUUGGAUGGUGUUCACAAUGUAGAGUCUCCGCUACCUUCAUUUCAACGACUUCAGGAAGACAAAGGCAAAGAACCACAGUCGUCUGUUGCUGGUAAUGAUAUAAAUGAGACAUCUUACAUUGCUUGUGAUAGAUUUACUAUUGGUAAUAACGGGAUUGAAGAAAUGAAGGCAACUUUAUCUGAAAGUGAUGUGAUGUCCGUAAACGAACAAGGAGGACCUGAGAGUUAUAACAACGAAGAAGUUGAUCAUUUAAACGAUACCGAAAAUUCCUCCGUCCUUGAUGGAUCUAUUACUUCUGUUGCUCCAAUUGUUAUUGGUAGUCAAGUGUAUUAUACACGUGUUGGUCGCAUACCCAGUGCUCAGUCUACUCCCUAUUCAAAUAAAUCUGAUUCUUCCUCCUGUACUUCUUCUCGUUUUGCAGAGUCGCAAUAUGUGGAGAAUCAUGAAUCUGGUCGACAAUCGCGUUUACAUCGUCAACUUCACGACCAUACGAAGGAAAGUGGCACUUACCACCGAACAGGUAAUUUCGUAGCUUCUUCUAUUGAAGUGGUUGACGCUAUGAAGCUUUCUUCACAAUCUUCUAAAUCUUUAAAAUCCGACACAACGAAUUUUAUCGACCAUCGUUCUCAUGAAAUAAAACAAGGUAGUGAUGUGGAAGAAACGAUUGCAAAACAUGGGAUUGAAGUCGUUCCUCAUGCUAUUAUACCCGAUGGGAAAACCCGUGAUUAUCAUAAAACGAGGGACACACGCACUGUAUCCCAUUCAAGCCACAUGACUAGCGUCAAUACCCUUCCACCUUUGAUCCAUCCAUCUCAAGAUGUUGAUCCGUUGUUGAAGGCAAAUUCCAAUAAAUUUGAGUCAGAUAAAAGGAUUACUUUAGAACAACUACAUAAUGUUGAUUCCUCCUCUCAAUAUGAAAAAGCCACUCUCCUUUCGGUUGCGAUUUCUGAUCCCCUACAACAAGUUAACAUGCAAGAAGCUAAAGGUACCCUUCCGCAAGCAGUGACAGUGAGAGAAGUGAUGAGUCCAGUACGGGAGGUUGAGUUUGAGUGGAAGAAUGUGAAGAGAAACGCAAACAACCCUUCAAUGAAAGAAUUUGUUCAAACGUAUGUCGAUGGAUCUUCGAAUGAUUUAGGAGAUCGCGAUAAUGAUGUCAGGGAAAGAGUUCGAGUUGUGGAACCUGAGAGUUAUGUAAAAUCACGUAGCAAUGGCGAUGCCACCAAUGUUCAUUACAAUUCCAAAUCUAUCGUUAGUAGUGAUGAUCUUGUAACGCUAAGAAGAAAGACCAAGUCUGGAAGAGUGGUAUCUAGGCGGCCAUUUUCUGAAAACUAUACCGAUGUACGUUUUCAAUCCAGCUAUAAUGAAGAAGGAAUGAUGAAGUUUCAAAGGUCUGAAAGUUUAAGGAAUAGAAGGAGCGAGGGUUUUAUGACGAGUAGUGAUGACAGAAUUGUACGUCAGAAUGAUGGUGGAGAUGUUGGGGAAAGUCGUGAUUAUCGUGAAAAACACAACUCUAACAUUACGUCAGACAUCAAUGGCCAGCAUUCCUCCGAAAGAUUAGAAAGAAAGAAAGUUGAUAAAGUUCUCGAUGUUACCGAAUCAAGGAGUCGUUAUGAUUGGAACGAAGCUAACGAAGAAAUGGUGGAGUUAUCUGACUAUCGUACAUGUCGCAGGGAUGGUGUAUUGAGAGAAAUGUCGCGAGAUGUGUGUUUGAUCUCCCCUGACAUGAACGAUAUUCACAAUCAACGUUGGCAUUAUAAAGACCAAAAAAUAAUUUAUAAGAAUGAACAAAAAACCUCGAAAGCAAUUCCAAACGGUUUACAAAACGAUAAGAAUUAUGAAAAUAGAGCAUUAGGAAUGAACGCUUUAUCGAGCAGGGCUCAAGAAACUUCUAAUCUUUUUGCCCAUGCUUCUUCUACGGUUACAGCAUGGACUGGCGCCUACUUUUCUCCUUUGAUUGGUGGAAAAUAUGUCACGAAUGAUAGUGAGUGUAUAGUGAAUGAAAAAGAGGGUAAUAGAGAGUUGCUUGGUGGUGGUGAGGGGCGUCAUUCCUCACCUGAUGUCCAAUCCUCGAACAAAAUGUAAUUCCCAAAUGGAAACAAGAAUUGCAGGAAAGGAGGCGUUUACAAAUGGCCCAAGGAAAAAUAGUUGCUCCGAAAGAUCCCACUCCAGCACCCCAGAAUGAUGUUGCUGAAUGGCAAAAAAGAUUGAAGGAAAUCAGAAGCAAGUGGGAAGAAAAGGUAAUGGGGGGUAGUGGUAAUUGCUGAGCAUCAAAGAAGGAUGAUGUCUUGUCAUUGAAUGAGUAGAUCUCAUCCAAAGGAAAAGGGUAAUAAUCCAGAAUUUCUUAAUAGGUUUCAACAGAAAAAAAAUAAUGAAGCAUUGAAAGUAUUAUUGCAAGAGCAAUAAGGAUAUUACAACCAAUAUGUACCAUGUUGGAACACAAUUGUCGUGUUGAUUUGUACUUUUAUCUGUUUUGCACUUGUCCAAGUAACAAAUCUUGAAAAAAACUCAAUAUUUUAAUCCCAAAAUUACCAGCUGUUGUAAAGUUUUUAUAUUGUAUAUUUCAUAAAAUUGUUAAUAUAUUAGACACACGCCAGUCAA